AUUACUUUUUUUGUUACCACAAGACCGCCAGAUCAUGAUCUCUUCGAAAAUGACUAAUAAACUUCGGAUUUGGGGCCGAGAAGUUGGUAUUUUAUAAUAUCUUAAUAACACAGAUAAUUAAUCAGCGCGUGACUGAAGCAGAAUAAACCUUUUAAUUUCUGCCGCUUAGCAACUGUAAAAAGAAUCACUUGAUCAUUUUUUUAAGAAAAUAGAUGAUCAAAUCAAUAGGCGCGAAGCGUUUCAGCGCAUUAGAUGACAUGAUGGGUCAAUUAUUUGCUUUGUUUAUUUUAACAGUGGCUGCUGCUGAAUCAGCUAUUGGUUUAGCUAUUUUAGUUAUAACUUUUCGAAUACGAGGUACCAUCGCAGUCGAAUUUAGGGCGACCGUGCUAAAGCACCUGCAGUGUACACGCAACUUAUCCAUAACCUGUGAGGGUUGGAAAAAAAAGCAUGUUGUUAGAACCAGUUGUCCAUAACAUGACUGGUAACUCUAAAAUUU